ACACGUGGUAGUUCUUUGUCCUUUCCAAUUCCUCGUAACCCUUUGAAUCCCCUCGAAUCACUCGAAUGAGCUGGCAAAUUGCACCAAUUGGAAGCAGAAGCCAAUAACCCAAACAAGGAAGGAAAAAGCAGUUUUUCCCACCGCAGACCGUGUUGCUGUUACACGCUCGCCACCUCGCAUGGACCAAUAGGGCGGAUGAGAAUACUCGUAUAUCUAGAGCCUUAACGAAACGUUCCGUUCAACGGACUAUAUACUGUAGGAUAGUCACUACUGCCUUUAAAUGUCAAUAUUCUAACCUUAAAACAAUUUUCUGUUAUUCUGUUAUAAACAAACAAUAACAUUUUUUCUUGGUACACAUAUAGUAUACCAAAACUUUUGAAAGUAUGUCUGAAAAAUCUUUAGAAAUGGAUACAAAGGCAGACAAUAAAUCCGACGAUAGUGAUUCCAGUGAAAGCAGUGAUGGAGAAGACGGAGAAGAACAAACCCUUCUGGACCGAGCCCGACAACUCGAAAAGGACCUAGCAGACUCAAAGUACCUGUAUGAUAGUCAUGUGGAACUUGUGGGCUUAUAUAAAAAGCUUGGUGAUUUGAUCUCUUUGCGAGAAGCUUAUCAAAGAUUUCAUGAGUAUUUUCCUUUAACUCCCACAUUGUGGAUGGACUGGAUUAAUGUGGAGAAGAGUGUAGCAUCCACACAUGGUCAGAAAGAGUUUGUUUUUGGUUUAUUUGAUAAAGCAGUUGAGGAUUAUUUGUCUGUAGAACUAUGGUCAGAAUAUGCUCAAUAUGCCAUUGGAGCCUCUUCCUUAGAAAGAACAAGAACAAUCUUAGAGAGGGCUGUAAACAGUGCAGGUUUGGUGUGCAAUAGUGGAGCUCUAAUAUGGGCCACCUACAGAGAAAUUGAAAAUUUACAUAUCUCAAUGCAUGAAGAGGGUUCAGAACCCUGGAAGAUGCAGAUUUUACGUUUGGCAGACAUUUUCAAAAGAGAACUGUCAAUUCCAUUAUUAGAAAUGGAAAACACUUAUGGGGAGUGGCAGGCGUGGAUGAAGUCUUUGCCUGAGGGACUUGUGGAUCCCAAACCAGUUGAAUAUGGAUAUGGAAAAGCUAUUAAGACUUUAGAGGCCUACAAGCCUUUUGAGGAAGAACUGUUGGGGGCAAAAUCAAAUGAAGAAUUUCUUGUGAUUUACAAAAACUACAUUAAAACAGUUUCGGAUCCGUCUACUAUCAUUUGCUUGUAUGAGAGAGCUGUGGCACAACAUUGUCUUGUUCCAGAUAUUUGGCUUGAAUAUUGCUCCUAUGCUUUUAAACUAACCGAUCAAGCGUUGUUAGUAUGUAAAAAAUCACUGAGGAAUUGUCCGUGGAGUGAAGACCUAUGGGUUUUCAAAAUUCGAGUGUUGGAAAACUUACAGAAAAAAGAAAGCACUGUUAUGGAAUGUUUUGAAGAAGGGAUAUCUAGUAUCGCACCAUCUCCAGGCUUGGAGUUAUGGCUCACUUAUUUGGAGUAUAAUCACAGAUGUGUGGGUUCCCCGGAAAAGCUCGACAGACUUUUCAAUCAGGCUAUUCAACAGUUGGGUUUUGAAAAUGACCCUCAAGCUAAAAUCGGAAGGCUUUUUAGUAGGAUUUUGGCUCAUAGAGGAAACAUGAAAGAGGCCAGGAAGGUUUGGAAUCAAAUUAUCGUUAAAAGUGCCAAUAAAGGUUCAUACUGCCUAUGGUUGGAGUACAUCAAUAUAGAAAAACAGUAUGGAGAGGCAAACACCUUAAGAUCUCUCUUCCAGAAAGCUUUAAACUCUGUCGAAGACUGGCCGCAAGGAAUCAUAGACGAGUGGCUCAUGUACGAGAGACAUUUUGGCACCUUAGAAGAUGUUAUGAAGUGUGUGACAAAAUGUCGAGAACUUAACAUCCCUUUGAACUAUCAAGAAACGUCUCAGGAACAAUCAAAUUCAAAUGCCUCACCUUUGGGCAAAGGCAAGAAGCGGAAAAUGGAGCCCCAGGUUAAUAGAAGAGGGGAUGCAGUCAAAACGGCGGAGCCCCCGGUGAAGAAAACCAAAGCCCCCGUGGAAAAAAACCCUGAAACCACCGUUUUUAUUAGCAAUUUGCAUCCGAACGUUGACGAGGAGCGUCUAAAGGAAAUGUUCCCCAAUGCGGCCAACUUAGAAGUAGUGAUGGACAAAAAAGGGAAGAGCAGAUGCUUUGGUUAUGCCCAGUUUAAAACCCCUGAAGAAGCCAUGGUAGCACUGUCGAGAGACCGUGAACCUUUGGACGGCAGGCCGGUGUUUAUAUCGGAAAUUAAAACCGAAAAAACAGAGAAGAAACCGACGUUUAAGUACGCCACUCGGGAAGAGAAGAAUAAACUGUUCGUUCGAGGUUUACCAAUUAAGAAAACGAAACAGGAAAUCGAAGAAAUAUUUAAGAAGUACGGAGCUAAAGAUGUCAGGCUCGUGCUGCAUAAAAGUGGACAACCAAAGGGCCUGGCCUACAUAGAAUUCGAAUCGGAAUCCCACGCCCAAAACGCACUAAAACAAACCGAUCAAAUGACCAUAGACGAUCAUGUAAUUACGGUGGCCAUAAGUGCGCCUCCCCCGAAAAAAGACAAAACUCAUAAGAGUUUCGAGAAAAACGAUGAGGACCCGAUCAGACAUGCGCGCAGCCGCCUACAAACGUCACUGUUGCCUAGGUCCCUGCAAGUGACGUCCUUGGUACCCAGCCAGGUGAAAAAGAAUGGGUCUGAGCAAGGGGGAAAGAUGAAAAGUAACAGCGAUUUUAGGGCGAUGCUUUUGAAAAAGUAGUGAUUAGUCUUUAUUAUUUUUGUAUGUGUGUCAAUAUACAUGUUUUUAACCUUAAA